CGACUUUCCUCUUUGGGAGUAGAAUAGUAAAGUACGGGAGUCAGCUUCCACGCCCUGCAUCCGCCACGCCCACCAUUUUUGGAACGUCUGCGCACGCGCCGUGGCGCAUCUGCGGCUCAGGCGCAUGCGCGAGCGGGGCCUGCGCCGAGGCUGGGCAGUGGCGGUGGCUCUGGCUGCCGAACCUUGAGCUCGAGGUGGGCGCGCAGAUUCUAGAGACCAGGGAAGCGCAUUGUUAUCUUGCUGUCCCAUUGCUCCAGAGCUCACAAAUUGUUUUCACGAUGGCGGAGGCUGAGGCCCCGCAGGCUCCCCGGCGGGGAUCUGUCCGCAAGGCGAGGCCUCUGGUGGUGAAGACGUCCCUGAACAACCCAUAUGCCAUCUGCUGGAGCACCCUGCAGAGGGAGGACAUGUACUUCAUCCUGCAGAGCAUCGAGGACAGGUUCGUGUCUGUGGGACUCCAGAAAGUCGAGGACAGGAAGAAAAGGAGGAAGCCGAGCAGAGAAGGCUGCAGCUCGGGGGUGGACAGUGGUGGGCCUGGGAAGGAGAAGCAGCCUGAGGCCGGCCAGCGGGUGUCGGGGUGGUCGCCCCUGCACAUCCGGAGGCAGCUGGCCAUCGGCGUCAACGAGGUCACCAAGGCCCUGGAGAGGGGCGAGCUGCUCCUGGUCCUGGUGUGCAAGUCCGUCAAGCCUGCCAUCAUCACCUCCCACCUGGUCCAGCUGAGCCUAAGCAGAGACGUGCCCGCCUGUCAGGUGCCCCGGCUCAGCGAGAGGCUGGCCCCCGUCCUGGGCUUGAAAUGCCUGCUGGCCUUGGGGUUCAAGAAGAGCACCACCGACUUCGCCGAGCAAGUGGAGGCCAUCCUUCCCAGGGUGCCCCGCCUGUACGUGCCGUGGCUGCUGGACAGGCUCGGGGCCGCUGGAGACAGUGACUCCUCAGAAAGCCACAACGAGGAGAGCCUGGCGGCCUCCUCCCCAGACCCAGGAAAGCGCAAGAGGAAAUCGGAGGGGAGGGAGGCUUCUGGGGUGGCCUUGCAGCCUCUUAAAGUGAAGAAACUCAUUCCCAACCCUAAUAAGAUUAGGAAGCCACCCAAAAAUAAGAAGCCCAUGUCAAAGUAAAUUGUACAUGUAGACCUUGCUAGGAAGCACUCGAACAAUUAGUGUCACAGGAUGUAAUAAAGUGUUAUGUAUUUGUAGGGUGUAAUAAAGUGUUGGUUACAUAUUUGUAGGAUAUAAUAAAACAU